AUGCAACCAGUUUUGAGUCAUCCGUGUUCCUGGUGGUUUCAUGUGCUGCUAGUGUCAAACCUUCUCCUUUGGGAGAAUGUGUACUCCGUGCCCAUGUGCUUUGGCAUGGAAGGAUACAGUGAGCUCUCCAUUGAAGAACUCUUUGACAGUGCUAUUGUCAUGGCUCAACACAUCUCAAACCUCACCACACAAAUGUCUGAGGAGUUUGAUGCAAAUUUUCUUCAUAGCCUUGUGUACAAAACAAAGAACUCUAGCACCUGUCACACCACUUCACUUGCUACUCCUGCAAGCAAUGAACAAAUCCAACAGACACAAUCAGAUGUCCUUCUGAAGAUGGUGAUCAGCAUUUCCCGAGCCUGGUACCACCCUCUGAAACAACUUGUGCGAGCAGUAGCUACUCUUGAAGGAGCUUGCAAGACCAUGCUGUUGAAAGUCAUAGAUGUGGAGGAAGCAAACCAAGAAAUUCUAAAAGAAUUCAAGGCAAUCCUUGUCAUGGUUCAUCCUGGAGCUGAAGAAAAUAUCUAUCCUGCUUGGAUGGGACUGGCAGAUGUGAAGUCUGCCAAUGAAGAUACCCGCAACAUUGCUCUUAGUAACCUACUCCACUGCCUGGAUAGUGACACUGACAAAGUUGCCAUUUAUCUUGAGGCCCUAAAGUGCCGCAUCAUCCCCAACAACAACUGCUAA